UUCUAUUUCACAAGUGUUUUUCAUCUGAGAUCUUUACGCACGAACCUCAAGAACCCAAAGACGUCAUUAUGGUUGACUGGACAGAUGCUGAGCGCAGUGCCAUCGUCGGCCUGUGGGGAAAGAUCAACCCCGAUGAGAUCGGACCCCAAGCCCUGGUCAGGCUCCUGAUCGUGUCUCCUUGGACUCAGAGGCAUUUCAGUACCUUUGGUAACCUGUCAAAUUCCGCCGCCAUCAUGGGUAACGCCAAGGUAGCUGCACACGGAAAGACAGUGAUGAAUGGACUGGACAGGGCCGUGAAGAAUCUGGAUGACAUCAAGAACACCUACCGUGAACUGAGUGUGAUGCACUCCGAGAAACUGCACGUGGAUCCUGAUAACUUCAAGAAUCUGGCUGACAUCCUCACCGUGUGUGUGGCCAUGAAGUUCGGCCCCUCUGUCUUCACCGCCGAUGCCCAGGAGGCCUGGCAGAAGUUCCUGUCUGUCGUUGUCUCUGCUCUCGGCAGACAGUACCACUAGAUUCUCCCAACCAGUCGAAGAGCCACUCAACCGAGCUUGAUUUCACAGCUCAGAUGCAUUCGUGUAUAAAGGAUGUCCUGUCGAGUGAAAUUAAUAAAAACAGUGAAAUUAAUUUAAAAA